UCUGGCAGAUUCUAAAAGUAACAUGGCGAGAGAUCAUAACAUAAUAAAAGCAAAGUAGAAUAAUCUUCUAAAGCUCAUCCAUAUAUGUGCAGCUCGGGGCUGAAUUGCAAUGUAUUUGUUAUUUAGGCGGAGUACUUCUUGUUUAAAUCCUUCCGGGCUGUUGUCAUCGCGCAGUUCAAGCGAAAGUAGAAGAGUAAAUGUGACCGAAAAAACGUGCCUGUUAUAUAAAUUUUUAAAUAUCAACUCAGGUCAAGUCAGGCAUCAAUCUUCUGUUACCAAGACCAGCUUAAACAAACUUGAGAAGAAAAAAAGAAAAUCUAAAUCUUCUAGAACCUACACUGAUGUUCUGAUUGUAAGCGGGGAGAAGUCGAAAUUGAAAAAAGCCAAUGUAACUAAACUGACACCGGAUGAUGUAAAUUUACUCACCAUCACCGACAUUAGACUAAAUGAACUGUACAAAUUAAGGGCAUUUUCUAGACCCACGUUUAGGUAUUCACCACAUACCUAUAGUAAUCUAGCAGUAGAAUGUACCAAUUAUGAGCGAGAAAUCGAUCCCUCGCAAACCACAUGUGAUAUUUUCCCGGAAUUAGACUGCAACCCCUUACCAAAAGUCACUCCAGAUACUACCGAAAAUGGCGUUGCUGAACCUGACCUCGAUACACCCCAACCUAAGCCAGCAACAGAAGAUGCUGUUCAACCCAAUAUUGACCCAAAUGAAGAAGUAGAUCAUGAAGAACUAGAAUUGAAGACUUUGACUGUAAGGGAUUCGCUGCAGCCGGAAGUGAUUGAAGACGACAACGAACAUAUUUCGGAAACCCCUAAGAGAGAACAGCCGGAUAUAGAAAAAUCUCCUAAUAUAUUAAAAAAGCAUCGAAGUGCCAUCGCAUUGAAGACAUUGGCCGCCUAUUCUGAAGUAUGUAAUAGCUUGCGAAAUCCGCAACGUGGAUUGCUUGCUUUGUAUUAUCAGAACAGCAGAGCAAGAAAAAACUCAGCAGUGGGAAUCUCUAGAAUGAAGAGUUCUCGGGUCUAUUGGGUAUUACUCAAGGGUUUUGCCAAUAAAGGGGACUAUGUUAAAUUGAAAGAAGUAUUAAAUAUUAUGCAGGAAAAUAAGGUCGAACUGGAUUUGAACUGCUACACCGCAAUAUUUGAAUGCCUAGGACGAAAAAACGUUGAGCAACAUUAUUUGAAAGACAUACGAAUUUACGUUAGUGAUGCAUAUAAGAAUGGUGUUUCAUUUGACGACAUAAUGAACAAAGGGAUUUUCCUGAAUGAUGAACGUCAGCAAGUGCUAAAGGCGUUUCAAGCUCAUAAUCCUGCGUAUACUCCAACUUACUACAAACCUAAAGUUUGGUAUGAUAACCAUUUGACCAAUAAUUUGAAUGAUGAUAGUCAACUUAGUUUUGAACCCGCUGCUGCUGAGGGUAGCGGGCAUCUAAUCAAACGCGAAACUGUAAAUAGUUUGAUUGAAAAUCAGCUUGCAUUGGAAGAAAAGGGAUACAUAACUAUAAAAAGCAUUGAGAACGUAAAUACAGCAGGCAACGAGGUGAAAUUCUUUCGAACGGCGCUGAAUGAUCACUACAAAAUGUGGGCAGAGACUUCUCAAGCAGCCUUUCAUAGAGAGUUGGCAGUUUUAGCUGCUCAAAAGAGUGCUCUUAAUUUGGAGCCCUUUUUAAGGUCUGUACCUGUUAAAGAUAUGGUUGAAAUCAUAGUACAAGAAGCGACGAAAAUUGCCCAGGGAUCCGAAACUUAUAGUCCAGAGUCGGGCCUUUUGUAUAGAAUGCUCGGCCAAAAAGUAUAUGAGAGGUAUCAGGUUCUUAGGAAGCAGAAGACUGGUGUAUUGACUAAAGCAUUAGCGAUUCACAAAAAAUAUUGCUACAAUUAUGCUGCUUCUCACGUGGAAUUGGAUGAAGUGCCCCAUAAGGAGGUCCGGUCAAAUCCCAGAAUUCAGUGGCAAGUACUUGCGCAUGAAGAGUGCAAAAAUAGUGUUACUUUAGAUAUGGGUCAUCAGCCUUGGGUGCCUUCCAGCCUGUUGGCUAUUGGGAAGUUUUUGUAUCAUAUCAUAAUGCACGAUUUAAAAAUCGACGUCAAUUGCCUCAGAUCUAAUAGUGCUCACAAGAACUUUUUACCUGCGUUUUAUACAAUAUUUCGAAGCCAGGGCCGUAUAGUAAAAGAGGAGGUCAAGCCACAUCCAAUAUUAUCUAAACUAUACAAGUCAUCUCAGUCCGAAACUCUAACGUUUGCAGCGAACGAAGUUCCCAUGCUAUGCCCGCCAAUUCCGUGGACAUCUGUGCAUCUUGGAGGAUAUAUUAUCUCACCCACUGAUAUUGCACGGUUGCCUUUUCAGGCAUACACUCAACACAAGCGACUGGAACAGGCUGAUCCUGUUCAACUGUAUCCAAACUUUGAUGCCUUAAAUCAACUGGCGGCCGUUCCUUGGAAAGUCAAUACGAAAGUUUUGGAUGUGAUAUUAGAAGUAUUCCGAAAAGGUGGAUCUGCAAAACUGGACGUUCCAGAGCCUCCAUCGGCUAUAGAUCUACCGCCUACACCCACCAUCGACGUGAAAAAGGCGGAGAAAUAUGAAAUGUUUAAGCAAAAACUACAACGACGGAGAAAAAAGGCUGAAAUGUACUCGUUAUGGUGCGAUUGUCUUUAUAGGCUGUCUUUGGCAAAUCAUUUUCGAAAUGAUGUGUUUUGGCUGCCCCACAACAUGGACUUUAGAGGUCGCGUGUAUCCAGUACCCCCACACUUAAACCAUUUAGGGUCAGAUCUGGCCCGGUCAAUGCUGGUUUUUGCCGAGUCUAGACCUUUAGGUCCCAAAGGUUUAGAUUGGCUAAAGAUCCAUUUAAUCAACUUGACUGGUCUGAAAAAGCGAGACUCGAUUCAAGACAGGCUGGAUUACGCCAAUCAGAAAAUGAACUUAAUUCUCGAUUCGGCAGACAAUCCUCUAAACGGCAAAAAAUGGUGGAGCGAGUCUGAUGAGCCAUGGCAAACUUUGGCCUGCUGUAUGGAGAUUGCAGACGUUGUUAGGUCCGGAAUUGAUCCAGCUCUUUAUAAGUCAAGCUUUCCUGUGCAUCAGGAUGGGAGUUGUAAUGGCCUUCAGCAUUACGCUGCUUUAGGGAGGGAUACUGCUGGAGCCUUUAGUGUGAAUUUGACACCGUCUGAGCUCCCUCAGGACGUAUACAGUGCGGUGGUAAACCUAGUAGAAAAACAGAGGGCUAUAGACGAGGAAAAUGGAUUAGAAAUUGCCAAAACCCUAAAUGGGUUUGUGAAGAGGAAGGUCAUUAAGCAAACCAUAAUGACCACAGUUUACGGCGUGACCAGGUUUGGAGCUCGGCUACAGAUUGCGAAACAACUAAGAAAUAUUGACGAAUUUCCACAGGAGGCUGUAUGGUCCGCUUCCUCUUAUCUCACAGGUCGUACAUUUGACUCACUUCGAAGUAUGUUCACUUCCACCAGAGAAAUCCAAGACUGGUUCUCGGAAUGCGCCAGGCUGAUCUCCGGCGUGGGAGGGUCUCUUGUUGAGUGGGUUACUCCGUUGGGCCUUCCAGUAGUGCAACCUUACAUUAAGUAUAAAAAACCGCAAAUGCCUCCGGGUUUCGACAGUUUUGUGCUUGAUCAAUUUGACAAACCAAAUGUAAUGAAGCAAAAGAAUGCCUUUCCGCCAAAUUUUAUCCACUCCUUGGACUCUAGUCAUAUGAUGCUCACAUCAUUACACUGUGCAAGGGCAGGGAUCACGUUCGUUUCGGUACAUGAUUGUUACUGGACGCAUCCCUCCACAAUUCAUAUUAUGAACAAGAUUUGUAGAGAACAGUUUGUCGCUCUUCACUCUGAGCCAAUUUUGGAGAAAUUGUCUGUAUUUCUCUAUGAUCUUUAUGCUUAUGAUGAAUGCAAUUUAAGCAACGAUGGGUCGGUUACAGAGCUCAGCAAGAAAAAGCUCAAUAGAGUGCUGAAACGCUUGCCCCAAACUGGCGACUUUGAUAUAAAAAAUGUUUUAAAGUCCAUCUACUUUUUCAGCUAGAAAAGUCAACAUCCCGCGGUUUUGUUCACUGAUUAUGUAUUAAGCUAAAAUAGAUUUUUAUGUUGUU